AUUUCCCUUUCCAUCAGUCUUCAGGGUCAGUGAGUGGUGAGUGAGGCCCAGAGAGAUCUGGAUUGCCAAAAUGUCACUACUGCAGGAGACUGGCAGGACAGAAUACCUCAUCUCUCCUGUGCAAGGAUGCCAGAAGGAAGAAGGGAGCACGUGACUGCCAGACUGAGGAAGACCUUUGGAAUGACAGACAUGAGGUCAGCAACAGGAGGGAAGUGUUAAUGAAUCAUUGAGAAAUGUGCUGUGUCUUAUCCUCUGGCAAGAGCCCUGGGAAGGUGUUGGCUCAGAGUGGAGUUUUAAGAGAGCCCAGAAGCAGCCUUUUCUGAGGGUAGCCAGAAACGUCUGGUCCAGAAGAUACAGCUCAAGCCUUACCUGGACUUAUGACCCGAGGCCUUGCUCCCCUCCUGCCUAUUGAGUUCCAUAAGAUGGGCUCCUUCCGCCGUCCCAGACCACGAUUUAUGAGCUCCCCAGUGCUCAGCGAGCUACCCCGAUUCCAGGCUGCCCGGCAGGCUCUGCAGCUGAGUUCCAACUCUGCCUGGAACAGUGUACAGACAGCUGUGAUCAAUGUUUUCAAAGGGGGUGGCUUGCAGAGCAAUGAGCUAUAUGCACUGAACGAGAACAUCAGGCGGCUGCUGAAGAGUGAACUUGGAUCAUUCAUUACAGAUUAUUUCCAGAACCAGCUUCUUGCAAAAGGACUGUCCUUUGUGGAGGAGAAGAUCAAGCAGUGUGAAGGUGACAGUCGCAUUGAGGUUCUGGCUGAAGUCUGGGACCACUUCUUCACCGAGACUCUCCCCACCCUGCAGGCAAUUUUUUAUCCGGUUCAGGGACAGGAGCUGACCAUCCGCCAGAUCUCCCUGCUGGGCUUCCGAGACCUGGUCCUGCUGAAGGUGAAGCUGGGUGACUCACUACUGUUGGCCCAGUCCAAGUUGCCCUCGUCUAUUGUACAAAUGCUGCUCAUUCUGCAGAGUGUUCACGAGCCCACAGGCCCAACUGAGGGCUAUUUGCAGCUGGAGGAGCUGGUGAAGCAAGUGGUGUCUCCCUUCCUUGGCAUCAGUGGGGACCGAAGCUGCUCAGGCCCCACAUACUCACUGGCCCGGAGGCAUUCCAGGGUCCGGCCUAAAGUGACAGUCCUCAACUAUGCCUCUCUGAUGAGCUCGGUUGGCCGGGAGAUGGUCCUGACUCCACUAACAGAGCAGGAAGGAGAGGCGUACCUGGAGAAGUGUGGUAGCGUUCGGAGGCACACAGUGGCCAAUGCCCACUCGGACAUCCAGCUGCUGGCCAUGGCCACCAUGAUGCACUCAGGGUUGGGGGAGGAGGCUGGCAGUGAGGACAAGCACCUGCUCCUGCCACCCAGCUUCCCACCACCACACCGUCAGUGCUCCAGUGAGCCCAGCAUCCUAGAUAGCCCUGAUGAACUGGGACUAGAAGAUGUUGCAAGUGGUAGCCAGGAGGACUCAGGGAUGAACUGUGCUUCCCUCAGCUGAGCUGAUUCCUCUAGGGUCUCCCCAUGCCUACUUUGAAGCCAGGAUGAGGACUGUGUAGGUGUUUCUCCUUCAUGGAUCACCACAGGGCUCUUGCUUUGAGCAACACUGCCUUAUUCCCUAGGGCACAAGCCAGGUCUCCAUGCCCUCAGGAAAUACCUGUAAGCCACCACACUCUGGUGUCUGUGACUAGCUCCUCAUGCCACUGUUCUCCCAAUGUUCAGCCUCCCCUGCAUCACUGGGAUCCUCAUCGCUAGGCCCUUCCCAUCCUAUUGGACUGGCUGAUGUUCCUAUUAUAUAAUGCUCUGGCAUUACCAUAGCAUAAGGUUGGACCACACAUGAGCAUCUAGAUUGUGCCAGCUUUUGCAGUUCCCCUAAAGAUGCCAUGAAGCAGAAGCCAAUGGGUGGAAAGAAUAGUAGAGGUUCUGUAUAGGAUGAAAGUCAACUAUAGCCAUGUCACACAUGGCCCUGGGAAUGUGUUCAUAUCAUUUUUAAUUGCAGUUACCUUGAAAGCAUUAUCCUACUCGUGGGAGAGGGUCCAUUUCUACAUAUGUCCAGAUGUCAUGUGAUGUCUACAUGAAGGACUUCACCUAGGAGAAUCUAGCAGGCUGGCACAGCCCUCUCAGGCUUCUUCCCAGACUCCAUGAGUGAACCUUCUCAGUCACCAGUGCCUUACUCCUGCUCUGGUUUUAGGAACUGACCACUUUCCUGUUGUGUAUAUGAGAGGCUGGCUGACAACAACUAACCUAGUCUGUACCUGGAUUUCACUUGAAUCUGUAAAAUGUGUAUUGUUAAAAAAAAAAAAAAAACAAAGUUUGCAAAUAUUUGCACGUAGGACCUUGCACUGUUCAUUUCCAGUGGAGAGUGUUUGCAGACUAAACACAAGUGGCCCCCUUCAAAAGGUGAUGAAACAGCUCAGAACACAAGGCUCAGUAGUUGGAGGGACUCACGUACCUCAGAGCUCCGGGGGAGCCAAACCCGUCUGGAGUGGCUGGUAUUCUAAGGGUCUUUUGGGGACAGCUGCGCUGGAAUUAGGAGCCUGCCUCUUGAGCAGAGAAGUGUAGUGACUCGAAUACAUCUGUGCUUUACGUGGUCACAGAGAGAUGGGCAUGUGGACAUGUUUUAUUUGACAUUAUUAUUCCUUGACAUUACAGAAGUAUGCAGAAAUGUCUGGGAUUCCUGUCACGUCUGUCUCAUGAUGUUGUUUGAGGCAGCAGACUUUGUUACUGUGUUAGGUCUUUCCUAAUGCUCCCUCCAUACUGGGGAGGGGCAACUUUCCUUGUCUAUGUUGAAUCCCUGGCUUUUUCUUUAUAGUUGUCUAUUGGUCUUGUUAAUAGAAGCUGAGAAAAACGUAGAAAGUUUCUCCUGAUCCUGCUCUUUGUAUAUGCCGGCCUCUCAGGAUCUGGUCAGUCUUUGGAAAUCUGGUUAAUGGAAUCUCAACACAUAAGCCACCAAUGGAAAAAGAGACAGUUCAUGCUAAGCCAAGCCUGGAUAGUGUCUCCCUUCUGAGCAAAGCUCUAAAUUGCCACACAGCUGUGCUUUGGUGGGUUCUGCUUCAGAUAUCUGAUUUUAAAAAAUGUUUUAGUGUUGUCCUUCCAAGAGAAAAUGAUAAAAAGAAAUGUCUAAAUGUCACAUACCUGUGCUCAUGCACUUGCACACACGUACCCAGACAUGUACACACAAUGUGUGAACCCUUAUGUGUGUGCACGCGCGUGCACACACACACACUCAUACACAAAGAGAAAUAUUCAAA